AUGAUGGUUACCUAUUUGGAAGCCAGCCGGGACCUUUGCGAGACGGACUCAAUUCUUUUUGGCGCCGCACUGGCAGUCUGCCGUAUUAUAGGCGCCAAACUUUCCACGGCUGGACGCGCUACUGGACAAAGUAGUGCUAUCCCAGCCUGGAGAAUAAGAAUUGAAGAACGUAUCGCAAAGGCUAGGGCCCUCAUCGGCAGACUGAUAUGCUUCAGGUCAGGCAAUAGGAGGCCAAGGAUUGUGCGCACCGUCAGGAUGGCGUUUGCUGGGGCAAAUGUUAGUUUGUCCCAGCCGGAUAUAAUGCAAAAACUGACGGAGCGCAUAGACGACCUGAAGCAAAGAAUAGCUGCUUGGGGAAAGCGGAUUCGGCGAUAUACCGAGAGGUCAACACGGUUUAACCAGAAUCGUCUCUUCCAGAGUGAUCAGAAGAGGCUCUAUAAAUCAUUGGAGCGACCAAGAGUAAGUGGAACGGGCCCUGCACCAAAUCAGGCCGACACGGUCGCAUUCUGGCGCAGCCUGUGGUCAGAGCCCGUAAACCACAAUGUGGCGAGUCAGUGUGCGGGUAUUACGCCCAUGGACCCCGUCAUCGUAACGCCGGAUGACGUAGCUGAGGCGGUCCGUAGGGCCCCGAACUGGAAAAGUCCGGGGCUCGACGGGCUGCAUCACUACUGGCUGAAGGGGUUCAUGGUGUGUCACGCUGUGCUCGCCCGACAGUUUCAAGAGGCUCUCAACCAGAAGUCGCUCCCAAGCCUCUUCACUACUGGGAUCACUCAUUUGGUUCCUAAAGAUCAGGGUGCCACAGACCCGAGCAAAUACCGCCCCAUCACACUAAUACCGUCGCUGAUUCAACACGCUUUUGAAGACUCUAACAGUCUAAGAAGAGUCAAGUCAAAAGUGUUCAGUCCAACUGCACACUAUUUUGUCAAACUCAAACCUCCCCCGCGCCACUUGAUCACAAAGGCGAGCUCAGUUGGCGCGAAUCGAACACGGGCUAGUAGAAUUCCGUCGUAUUACAAAAGCGUGUGGAUUUCGCGAGAUCGAUGUAGCCAGAUGGACACGGAAAGGGAAAUACGCAAUUUUAUAAUGACAGUUAGGAUUUGUUGA